AUGAUUUCAUCUCUGUUAUGGUCCCUUCCAAGAUUUGGAAGGCGAAAACCGUUGCUUGCUAUGUUAGCUUUUUGUACUGUUGCUUUGGUAACAUGCGCUUUGAUCGCUGGUACAAAUACAGAUUCGAAAAAUGUAAACUUGAUUCGAACGAUUGCAGCGCUUGGAGGAAAAUCUCUUUCAGGGACUCUUAUCAUUGUCAUGAUAUUGUACACAGCAGAGCUUUAUCCUACCAUACUCAGGAAUAUUGGUUUUGGAGUGGCUAUGUUUUGGUGUCGUCUUGGUGCCAUGGUUGCUCCACAACUUUUCUUUGUUGGUAAAAAGACAUCAAUUGUAAUACCUUACAUUAUCACUGGCAUCCUACUACUGUUCAGCAGUAUUUUAGUGUUAUUUCUACCAGAAACUUUUCAGCAAGUGCUAGCAGAACGGUUUAGACAAAAAGGAGAGGAUGACUGUGAAGACCAAUCAGAAAAGACAAAGGACAGGGAUAAUUUACUGGAGUCGAAUUUGUGAAUGAAAUUGCAAUUGGAAAAAUAAUUUGCAUUUUAAUAAUCAUUAAAAUAGGUUUUUGAAAGUUGCCAAUUUUAGAAAGAAUUUACUGGUCUUUUAGACUAAUCAGAAAUAUGUAGAAUAGAAUUUACAACAAAAUUGAGCAAAUGUUGAUGUAUUUU